AGGCUCGGAGAACUAUAAAGAAGAACGGAAAUCUGCAUUUUAUUUAGUACACACUACAUACAUCUACUAGGUACCUACUGCGCACCUGCCGUAGCCUAAACAUUCUGCCAAGAAACAAAAACAGAUAAGGCGUAAUUUUCGUCACGUGCCCCAAAUCUCGGUCUUUAGCGUGGCCUAAUCCGAUUCGUUCCGUAGGCCAGAAACGAAUACUCCCGUCCCCCAGAAUUCAGAUCGACUCCUCCAAAACGCAGCACACGCCUCUUCGCCAAUCUUGAACACCUAAAACAACCCCCAUUCAUCACCACCAAAUUGACUUGGACUACCAUCCAACAACCUACCACCACGACCUCGAGAACGACCAACUAAUUGUCUUCAUCAAGAUAUGAGUCGCGCCGGCAAGAUUGCCCCCGAGCAGCUCCCAAUUUUGUUCGUGAAGAAUCUUAACUACGAAGUAUCCUCUGACGCGCUUUGGAAGCUCUUUGAUCCCGGCGAGGACGGACUUAUCCGCCAAAUCCGUCAGGGUAUUUCAGUCGAAGCAAAGGGAACCGCAUAUGUCGUUUUCUGGAAUGUGAUGGAUGCGAAGAACGCCCUCGAGAAGCUAAAUGGCUACAACUUCCAGAACCGUUAUCUUGUCGUACUAUGGCACCAGCCAGAGAAGACCCUCAAGUCGAAAGAUGACCUCCAGGCCCGCAAGGAUAAUUUAGCGCAGCUCAAGAUGAAGCAUGGGAUCGAUUGACAAUUAGACGGGC